AUGGCUAUGUCCUGCAAGGAUGGUAAAGGAGUAAUGGAUAAUGGCAAAUAUGUGAGGUACACACCUGAGCAGGUUGAAGCCCUUGAGAGGCUUUAUCAUGAAUGCCCCAAACCCAGUUCGAUUCGUCGCCAACAGCUCAUUAGGGAGUGCCCAAUUCUCUCUAACAUUGAGCCUAAACAAAUCAAAGUUUGGUUCCAGAACAGAAGAUGCAGAGAGAAGCAGAGGAAAGAGGCUUCACGCCUCCAAGCUGUGAACAGGAAGCUCACUGCUAUGAACAAGCUUUUAAUGGAGGAAAAUGAUAGGUUGCAGAAGCAAGUGUCACACUUGGUCUAUGAAAAUGGCUACUUCCGCCAGCAUACCCAGACCACGACGCUUGCAUCCAAAGAUACGAGCUGUGAAUCAGUGGUGACGAGCGGUCAACACCAUCUGACACCUCAGCAUCCGCCAAGGGAUGCUAGUCCUGCAGGACUUUUGUCCAUUGCAGAAGAAACUUUAGCAGAGUUUCUUUCAAAGGCUACUGGAACUGCUGUAGAGUGGGUCCAAAUGCCUGGAAUGAAGCCUGGUCCGGAUUCCAUUGGAAUCGUUGCUAUUUCUCAUGGUUGCACUGGAGUGGCAGCACGAGCCUGCGGCCUGGUGGGUCUAGAGCCUACACGGGUUGCAGAGAUCCUCAAGGAUCUGCCUUCGUGGUUGCGUGACUGCCGCACUGUAGAUGUCUUGAAUGUACUGCCUACAGCAAACGGUGGAACCAUUGAGCUCCUUUACAUGCAGCUCUAUGCGCCGACCACUUUGGCGCCUGCAUGUGACUUCUGGAUGCUCCGCUAUACUUCUGUUUUAGAGGAUGGCAGCCUUGUGGUUUGUGUGAGAUCUCUCAAAAACACACAAAAUGGUCCAUCCAUGCCUCCGGUGCAGCAUUUUGUUAGAGCAGAGAUGCUGCCUAGUGGAUACCUGAUACGACCAUGUGAAGGAGGUGGCUCAAUUAUACACAUUGUUGAUCACAUGGAUCUGGAGCCUUGUGGCGUGCCAGAAGUAUUGCGCCCAUUGUAUGAAUCUUCAGCUGUUCUUGCCCAAAAGAUGACAAUGGCGGCUUUACGCCAGCUGAGGCAGGUAGCCCAUGAAGCUUCUCAAUCUAGUGUCACUGGCUGGGGCAGACGACCUGCAGCUCUACGAGCACUAAGCCAGAGGCUUAGCAGGGGAUUUAAUGAGGCACUAAAUGGAUUUACUGACGAGGGGUGGUCAUUGAUGGGGAAUGAUGGCAUGGAUGAUGUCACAAUCCUUAUAAACUCAUCUCCUGACAAGCUAAUGGGUUUAAAUCUUUCAUUUGGUAAUGGAUAUCCAGCUGUCAGUAAUGCCGUCUUAUGUGCUAAAGCAUCAAUGCUUUUACAGAAUGUGCCUCCUGCUAUCCUUCUUAGAUUCCUACGGGAGCAUAGGUCAGAAUGGGCAGACAACAAUAUUGAUGCUUACUCAGCUGCAGCUGUUAAAGUUGGCCCCUGUAGCUUAGCGGGGUCUCGAGUUGGAAGUUUUGGUGGUCAAGUUAUACUCCCCCUAGCUCACACUAUUGAGCAUGAAGAGUUCUUGGAAGUCAUUAAACUGGAGGGUAUUGGCCAUUCUCCUGAAGAUCCAAUGAUGCAGACUAGAGAGAUGUUCCUCUUGCAACUAUGCAGUGGAAUGGACGAGAAUGCUGUUGGUUCCUGUGCUGAACUGAUUUUUGCUCCGAUUGAUGCUUCCUUUGCUGAUGAUGCACCUCUCCUACCUUCUGGUUUUCGCAUCAUUCCUCUUGAUUCUGGGAAGGAAGCCUCCAGUCCAAAUCGCACAUUGGAUCUUGCUUCUGCUCUUGAAGUUGGGCCGACUGGAAACAGGGCAUCUAGUGAAUAUUCUGCAAAUGCGGGUUGCGUGAGAUCUGUGAUGACUAUAGCAUUUGAGUUUGCAUUUGAGAGCCACAUGCAAGAGCAUGUAGCAUCCAUGGCUCGACAAUAUGUUCGCAGCAUCAUAUCUUCAGUUCAGAGGGUGGCAUUAGCACUCUCUCCUUCACAUUUAAGUUCGCAGGCUGGUCUUCGUUCACCACUUGGUACCCCUGAAGCGCAGACCCUAGCUCGUUGGAUAUGCAACAGUUACAGGGGAUAUUUGGGUGUGGAGCUGCUCAAAUCUGGCAACGAAGGAAGUGAAUCCAAUCUCAAAUCCUUGUGGCAUCACUCUGAUGCAAUUAUGUGCUGCUCUCUGAAGGCUGUGCCAGUUUUCACCUUUGCAAACCAGGCAGGACUUGACAUGCUUGAGACAACCUUGGUUGCACUGCAAGACAUAGCUUUGGAAAAGAUUUUUGAUGACCAUGGACGCAAGACUCUCUUCUCUGAGUUCCCGCAGAUAAUGCAACAGGGUUUUGCUUGUCUUCAAGGUGGCAUCUGUCUCUCAAGCAUGGGGCGACCAGUGUCAUAUGAAAGAGCAGUAGCUUGGAAGGUGUUGAAUGAAGAUGAGACGGCUCACUGCAUAUGUUUCUUGUUUGUGAACUGGUCUUUUGUGUGAUGUUGAGACCAGGAAACCUUUCACGGUUAGGAGCCUAUUAUAAUAGGGUCGAAUAGACGGGAGACUUGAAAACCUUUUGUGCUUAAUUAAGUCUUUUGUAAGUGAUAAUGACGAUGAUGGAUGCUAAGACCAGUGUUGUGUUAGAUUGUUGCUGCUGCACUCUAUAAAACUCGAGCCUAUGCUCUUUGUUUUUUA